UCUGAGUGCGGAGCCAAGCUCAUUCUAGCUGCUGACCGUCCAUUGUGAGCAAGCUGAACGAUGCUAACGCUCGCAGCCGUCGCCGCCGCCCAAUAGAGUUUUCCAGCCCAAAGACCACAACGACAUCUACAAAGAGACCGUGUGAACGCAAGAUACGAAGGCACGUCCUUAUUUUCAAGCAAGUAUCUAACGUUGUCGUGGCGGAUUUUUUAUGCUUUAGUACCCGGCAGAGACCGAGCAAGAGAGGGAGAACGAGAGCGAGUCAGCCUAGAGAGGGAUAAGGAAGACGUAGAGGGAUAAUAAUUGCUCGUAUAUUUUGGUCCUCGCCAACCGUUACUUUGGAUAUCAAGAAGAUCCGAGGUUGUGUAGCCAUGGGAUGUACACUGAGCGCCGAGGAGAGAGCGGCUUUGGACAGGAGCAAGGCUAUCGAGAAAAACCUCAAAGAAGAUGGAGUCACUGCCGCGAAAGACGUAAAACUACUCCUGCUCGGGGCUGGGGAGUCAGGAAAAAGUACCAUCGUGAAACAGAUGAAGAUUAUCCAUGAGGAUGGCUUUUCUGGAGAUGACGUGAAGCAGUAUAAGCCUGUGGUCUACAGCAACACAAUCCAGUCUCUGGCUGCCAUUGUCCGUGCCAUGGACACUCUGGGCCUGGAGUACGGAGACAAGGAGAGAAAAGCUGAUGCUAAGAUGGUGUGUGACGUGGUGAGUCGUAUGGAGGACACCGAGCCUUACUCUCCUGAGCUCCUGGGGGCUAUGACCCGCCUGUGGUCCGACUCCGGCAUCCAGGAGUGCUUCAGCCGCGCCCGAGAAUACCAGCUCAAUGACUCCGCCCAAUAUUACCUAGACAGUUUAGACCGGAUCGGUGCACCUGACUACCAGCCCACAGAGCAGGACAUCCUCAGAACCCGAGUCAAGACCACUGGCAUCGUAGAAACUCACUUCGUCUUCAAGAACCUUCACUUCAGGCUGUUUGAUGUUGGAGGACAGAGGUCGGAGAGGAAGAAAUGGAUCCACUGCUUUGAGGACGUGACAGCCAUUAUCUUCUGCGUGGCACUGAGUGGGUAUGACCAGGUGCUGCAUGAAGACGAGACCACGAAUCGCAUGCACGAGUCUCUUAUGCUGUUCGAUUCCAUCUGUAACAACAAAUUCUUCAUUGACACUUCCAUAAUUCUGUUCCUCAACAAGAAAGAUCUGUUUGCUGAAAAGAUCAAGAAAUCUGCCUUGAAUAUCUGUUUCCCUGAGUACACAGGUUCUAACACCUAUGAUGACGCAGCUGCCUACAUUCAAGCACAGUUUGAGAGCAAGAACCGCUCGCCCAAUAAGGAGAUCUACUGUCACCUGACGUGUGCCACAGAUACAGGAAAUAUCCAGGUGGUGUUUGACGCUGUCACUGACAUCAUCAUCGCCAAUAACCUGCGAGGCUGUGGCUUGUACUGAGCCCAGCCCUCGCCUCGCCUUGCCUCUGGAAAUGAUUCCAAUUGAAAAUGCAACUUGGUAAAUAAUAAUAAUGAUGAUAAUUUUAAAAUAGGCAUACGUAUAUAUAAAUAUAUAUAUAUAAUGUUUUUAGUUUGUCUUCAAAGAGCUGCCAACAGAACUGAUUUCUUAUAGGAACCCAGCCUUUCAAGUUUUAGAACCAAGCUAGAAACUCGUUAAAUGUUUUCUCCCCUUCCCAAAUGUGUCUUUUUGUUUUUUAACAAAAACAACCCUUAUUUCUUUUACGUAACAUUUUUGUUAUUUUUUAGUUUUUGAUUUUCAUAUGUAUAUUUAUUACAUGAAUAUCAGUCCAUUUGAUGACCUGUACACGUUUGCCUAAGUAUGUUCCUGCAGUAGUCAUGUAAUUACGCUCACAGUCAUUUUAGUUCUGACAGUGGCUGUGGCAGGUAUAAUGGUCAGUGGAGAUCAGUUGAAACAAGCCAGUGUGUUAAUUGUCCCUGUCUUCUUUCUUUUUUACCAGACUGGGUUUUCAUGGUUAUCCUAGUAGUUCUGUUCAGCUAUUUGAUGGUUUAGACAAAAGGAAACACCCAGGAAUGAUGCGAUUAGGUUUACCUACUGGACGAUGCGCCCUAUGAGCUUGCUCUUUUUUUUGUUUUGUCUCUUUCCACCCAAUCCCUUCCUGUCACUCCGGAGGGCCUUUGCUAUUGGCUGCGUGGAUUUUGGAGUAGCGAGUCACAGCAUGUGACCCCAAGCCUCUGAACCAAUCAGAUAUCUGAAAGGUGUCUUAUCAGUGCCAACCCCCUGAGAAUGACAGGUUUGGAGAUAGUCCUAGGAACACUGUUACUGUAAUGAAUACUUAUUAACAUUAUCAUGUAAGGAACUUCUACUUUUUUAUUAUCAUUGAUUAAUUUAUAAAUGUAUUUAUUUAUCGUCUGUCCCACACAACACCUCUGCACUUGUACUAUAUUCCUCCACUUUAUCAUCCUUGUGUUUUCCUAAUGCCACUUCUCUGGCUCGUGGUGGUGUUUUGGGCUGAACACUUGCUGGAAAGAGGUGGCCCCCAUCACCCCCCUCACACAGAUGGCAUGAGCCACCCUUCAGCCUUUGUAUAAAGAGACAGUUAAAUGCUUCACAUAGAAAAAGCUUUUAUUAAAUCCACAAAAAAGGCAUAAGACAAUGGAAAAAUGGAAGAAAAAACAAAUACAAAGAAAAAAGACUUAAGAACACAGCAGCAGAGAGCUAACCAUCACAUUGUCUGGGGAGGGCUUGGAGGGAGGAGCUAGGGAGGGGAGUCCACAACUGUUCCGACCAGUGAUGUGGAGAUUUGAGGUCAUGGGUCACUGGGCUGUGAGGUAGAAAGCUGUAGAUCCUUGGGUUCUAGAAUCUUUACAAUGUAGAACUAUUAAAGAAAAAUAAACAACAAAGUAUGAUUAUGACAAUAACAACAAUGGAAUUACAAUGAUAAUAAUUACAAUAUAAAUUAUAAUGAUGAUUCUGUAAUAUUAUUAAAGUAAAUUUCUUGUGCUUUGUAGCUACAAAAUUGUAUUUCUCUCCACCUUACAAAUGUUUAGUUUUUUUCGCAAGGAUUCCCGUGAUCUAGUCUUGAACCGUUCUUACUGACUGUAUCGAAUAUUUCUGCCUGUUCUCCCUGCAUUACAGUGUCUUUAUUUAGCCUGACUUAUAUAUAUAUAAUAUCUAUUUUUUUUAUUUUGGAAGAACCACUUUGGCGCACACCCGCCCCGUUGCUGGUGAGGGCUGGGUGUGCAUGCAGCUGUACAGACUCGUAAGCUUUGUUUUAGUUUGGGGGAAUCGUACUCAAACACCUUCCAGGUCUACAUAGAAAAGCACAGCUCUCACUUCACACAUAGAUUUGGAAAGAUGUAUCUCCACCCUAUCUGCCUUUUGAUUUCCAUUUUAAAAAAGACUACUGUGUAUUAUUACAUAUACCAGUUUGGCAUUUUUUUUCCUUUGAUCCCCUCCUGUUUUCUUUUCUUUUUAUCCCAGUGAAUGCUUUUCUGUGCUUCUGUUAUCUCCCUCCUCUUUAGUGAAUGGUUGUUCUUUCAUGUGGGAUGUUCGUGCUGGAAUACCAAUCGAAUGUAGUGUUUACAUUAAAAACCACAGUUUUCAUGACUACAA